AUGGAAGCGGUCGUUGAAGUGGUUGACAUCUCGGAUUUCUUGGAUAAACAUCAAAUCGGGGGUUUCAUCGGAAAGAAAGGCUGGAACUUAAAAAGGAUCGAGCAAAAUAAUAAGGUCAUCAUGCAAAUGGAGCAAGAUCAUGAGAAUGAUUGCAUAAAAAUACGCCUCACUGGUAUGCCGAACGCUGUUGAAGCUGCAAAAAUCGAUAUCCAUGAGUUACUGCUUCAAAUUCUUCGUGGGUCGUUCUGCCAUACAACAAAAGUACCAAAGCAAUAUAUCGGGCCAAUUAUAGGUAAAAAAGGAACCAGGAUAGAAAACAUCCGACUCACGACCGGUGCACGUGUAAACAUUGGUGGUACGGAAAAGGAUGGUUUCACCACCCUGAAAAUCAUUGGUAACUUUCACCAGAUAGUUGCCGCAACCAAUAUGAUAAAGGAACGAAUAGAUAGCGUUGGAGCAACGAAUUCUGUUUACGAGCGUCCAGAUCGACAAGAAUUCCACGAAGUGUUGAACGAACUGAUCGAUGAUUAUUGA